AUGAGUUCUUCAAAGCAGCCUCAACACGAAGUCACAGCGGUUCCAGCAGUGACCAUCGAUCAUGAUGUCGCUGCACAAUCCCGGAAAAAUGCAGCUGCCGUUGUGUCGCGUGCAGAUGUCGACAAUCUGAGGGAUGAUCCCGAGGCGAAGAGAGCCUUCCUGGCAACAUUCACUGCCGAUGAGGAGAAGAGUAUUAUGCGCAAGGUCGACAAGCGCUUCAUUCUGCUUACAGGUAUCAUGUUCAUGAUCAAGCAGAUCGAUGUUCAUAACGCCGCAAACGUCAAAGUUCUCCAAGUCGGCAAGCCUUCCAAUGUAUUGAAAGAACUGAAAAUGAGCUCCAAUGACUACAACUGGGUUGGAUCCAUAUACGGUAUCGCAUACAUUGUUUUCGAAGCUCCGAGCAACCUUCUGCUAAAGCGUAUGCUGCCACACAACUGGCAGGCUCGCAUCUUCCUCACUUGGGGCAUAAUCACAGCAUGCCACGCUGCCGCACGAAACCGCCAUGACAUGUACGCCAUGCGAUUCCUUCUAGGAAUGUUCGAAGCCGGCAUGUUCCCCGGCGUCAUGGCGCAAUACUCCUCGUGGUACCGCACAGAAGAACUAGGCCGAAUCGUGACCUACUAUUUCUGCUUCAGCAACGUCUCCGGCAUCGUUGGCGCACUAUUGACCUACGGAAUCAGCUACAUGGACGGCGUCGCGGGCUUGUCCGCCUGGCGCUGGGUGUAUCUCCUCGAGGGCAUCGUGACCAUCCUAUUCUCGGGCGUUGUCUGGUACUACCUUCCGGACUACCCCAAGUCUCCUAGGAGUAAUCGCUGGUUCACGGCCCGCGAGCAGGAGUUCAUCGAGACGAGACUUCCUGAGAACGCGCCAUUGACUAGUGAUCCUGAUUUUUCGACGCACGAGAUCAAAACAGUGCUGAGCGAGUGGUUGAUCUGGAGUUUCAUGCUCAGCCAGACGUUGGUCAACCUUGGCGGCUACGCCCUAACAUGGUACCUGCCCACCAUAAUAACCAACCUAGGUUUCGUCGGGCUGCCCCGCAACCAACUCCUCCUUCUCCCCCCUUGCUUCGCUGCCUUUCUCGGCCUCAUCUUUUCCGCAUGGUUCAUGUCGCGCGCGUGGCUCGUCCGCCCAGCCUACAUAAUGUUCAUCAUGUCCGGCAUGGUUGUCUGCUUCGUCCUGUUCUUCGCCAUCACGCACUCCCGCGUCGGCAUCUACAUCGCCUGCGUCCUCGGCACCCUGUUCUACCAGUCGUACUUCCCGGCUUUCUGGGCGUGGAGGAGCGCCACGCUGACGGGGAGUACGGGCACGGCGUUCACGCUGGGUUUGCAGUCGGGGAUUGCGCAGUUGGGGGGUGUGGUUGGCCCGCAGUUGUUUCAGUCGAAGUGGGCGCAUAAUGGGUAUAAGAAUUCGUUUGCGAUUGCGGCGAGCUUUACCAUUGCCGGGUGGGUUAGUAAUUUGUGGACGUGGUGGAUGACGAGGAAUACGGAGUACGAUGUCAUGCGGAUCCAGAGAUUGAAGUUGAAGGCGAAGAGGGAGGGGAGAACGUACGGAGAGGACGAUGUCAAGGUUUUUACUGAGAGGAGGUUUUACGACGGAAUUAAGAGGGUUAAGGGGGACGGGAGUAGUGAUGGUUCGUCUGUGUGA